AUGGUCAGCAUGAGGCAACCAGGCGAUCGCGAGAGCCAGCACAAGCGCGAUGCUGUGCACGCCGCGCGGACGGCACGUAUGCAUGUUUUGCGCGUCCGCGUGCGCCCUUGCGGACGCUGGCUGCCGGCAGCCGCGUAUCAGCUUGCCGGCGGACUGGCGUGUUCUUGUAGCCCCUCCGGCGGCAAGAACCCGCGCCUGCGCCCCAGCGUCUAUCGACCGCGGCCCGGCCGCCUCCUUCCGCUCGCUACGAAUUCGCUCAGAUCCUCACUGGGAGCCUUAUUGAGCGACAAACGCUCUAAACGCUCUAUCUUGACGCCGGCCCGAUAUGCCUACGCCACCGCUCAUGUUUUAUUAACACCUUGA